AUGCGCAUCAUCAUGCUCCGCCCAUUUAUCCCACGCAUUGUAUGCAGCCUGCCCCUCGGCUGGCACAAUGCCCUCGUCGACUGGAUGCCCAUACCGGCCCUACGUGAGAUGCGCGAAAUUGUGGGCACACUCGACAGCAUUAGCAAGACUAUUUAUGCAGAGAAGAAGGCUGCAAUGGAUGGGCGCGCCACGAAGGGUGCACUUGCGGGCACUGACCUUGGUCCACUCAUAAGCAUCUUGCGUGCAUCCCUUCUCCACCACUCGCCAUCCAUGCUGAACUCCCCAACUAGUGAAGGCAAGUUCGUCCUCCUCGGAUGCCGACCAACUCACCGAGGCCAAGCUCCUCUGACAGAUGAAGUGAGCACUGCCGCACCAUGCCAGCAAUGCCAGACUGACCGGCGCUUGGGCAGCAUCUUUGGGGCAUUCAAGACGACCACCGUCGCCAUUGCACGCACCUUCUAUGUCCUCACAAUGCACCCUGAUCUGGUGAAAGCUGGUGAAGUGGAGAAGAAGGAGGCGCCUCAAACUGGGAAAGAGUACAACAUUUGGUACAAUAAAUGGGCUGGUGGGGACCGUGAGGAUAGUUAUUCAAAGUCAAGUCGCAGAUGCGUUGCAACAUCAUGCGCGAACAUGACGGGUGUGAAGUACUGUUGCCCCUUCUUUGUGUGGGGAUGCUGUCUGUAUGGCUGGGAAUGCGAGUAUCUGCAUAUGCUCAUGGACCCAUUGACCACGCUGCCGGACACGUCGAAGGACUGCUUUGCGCACGACAAGUUCGCAGGCUAUCGAGAUGAUAUGGGUAGUGUGGGUAGCUUUCAGAGGCAGAACCGCAUGCUAUAUAUUGGGCAGAUCAAGGAGACGGGCAUGGGCGUGGAGACGGAGGAGGUUGUGAGGAGGCAUUUCAAGGAGUGGGGAGAGAUUGAAAAAAGUGCGUCCAUCUACAUUGGCCCCUUCCUUCAGUACACUAACAAUCAUGUGCGCUGA